AUGGCCGUCCCGCAGACCAUCAAGCUCACGUACUUCAACCUCGCGGGCCGAGCCGAGAUUGCGCGCCUCGCCUUUCACAUUGGCGACGUUGCCUUUGAGGACGAGCGCAUCUCCCGCGAUGCGUUCGCUGCGCUCAAGCCGUCGCUGCCAUUCGGCCAGCUCCCGAUCUUGACAGUCGACGGUAAAGCCUUUGCGCAGUCGAGUGCGAUCGCUCGCUUCGCCGGCGCGCGCUCAGGCCUGUACCCGACGGACCCGAUCGCGGCGCUGCAGGUAGACGAGAUCCUCGAGCAUGCCAAAGACAUAUUCGACGUCCUUGUGCCCACGCUGCGAGAGCCGGACAAGGCGAAGCGGCUUGCGAUGCGCCAGGAGCUAACGGAGCGCAAGGUGCAGCCCAUGUGCGCCGCCUUGGAAGCGCGCGUCGCGUCGACGAAGGCGCCGAUCGGGGAUUUUGUGCUCGGCCACGCCCUUUCGCUCGCCGACUUGGAGCUCUACUUGACCCGCGGCCUCUUUACGUCCGGCUGGUUCGAAGGCGUGCCCCCGACGCUUUGUGACGACCACGCCGCGUGGUCUCGAAUCGCGGCAGCCGUCGCGAAGCACCCUAAAGUGCAGAGCUGGCAGCAGCGAGCCACGACAGCCUAA